AUGGAGAAAGACUCGACAAAAGAUGCGAAUUCAAACAACAGGGAGUCACAAAUGGAAGGGCAAUGGGGUCUCUACGAGGCGUACAAUGAGCUGCACGGUUUGGCGCAGGAGUUCGAGACACCGUUCGACGCACCGGCGGUGCUGGUGGUGGGCCACCAGACCGACGGCAAGAGCGCACUUGUUGAGGCACUUAUGGGCUUCCAAUUCAACCACGUUGGCGGCGGCACCAAGACCCGACGUCCUAUCACUCUUCACAUGAAGUACAACCCGGAUUGUCAUUCUCCCCUCUGCUAUUUGUUGGCAGAGUCUGACCCGUCUGUUUUCCAGGAGAAAUCUCUCCAAGAAAUUCAGGCAUAUAUUGAAGCUGAGAAUAUGAGGUUGGAACAGGAACCUUAUCAGUUCUCGUCAAAAGAAAUAAUAAUCAGAAUCAAGUACAAAUACUGUCCAAAUCUUACAAUCAUUGACACUCCAGGACUUAUUGCCCCAGCGCCUGCUCGAAAAAAUCGUUCUUUACAGGCUCAAGCUCAUGCUGUGGAAUCUUUGGUGCGAGCUAAAAUGCAGCACAAAGAAUUCAUUAUAUUAUGCCUUGAAGAUUGCAAUGAUUGGAGUAAUGCCACAACACGGAGGAUCGUGAUGCAAAUUGAUCCUGAACUUUCAAGGACCGUAGUUGUCUCAACAAAGCUUGACACAAAAAUACCACAAUUCGCACGGGCUUCAGAUGUGGAUGUUUUUCUUUCACCCCCUGCAUGCACUCUUGAUGGUUUCAUGUUAGGUGGUUCACCCUUUUUCACGUCUGUUCCUUCUGGAAGAGUUGGGACUGGUCAUGAAUCAGUUUACAGAUCGAAUGAUGAUUUUAAACAGGCUAUUUAUUUGAGAGAGAUGGAAGAUGUCACCGCUUUAGAGGAGAAGCUGGGAAGAUCACUUUCAACACAGGAACGAAGCAGAAUAGGUGUUAGCAGCCUUAGGCUAUUUUUGGAAGAAUUACUGCAGAAGAGGUACAUGGACAGUGUUCCAAUGAUCAUUCCACUUCUUGAAAAAGAGUAUCGAAGCACUACAAGGAAGCUAAGUGAAAUAAAUCUGGAACUCAGCUCUUUGGAUGUAGUAAAGCUGAAGGAGAAAGGAAAAGCUUUCCAUGACCUGUUCCUUACCAAGUUAUCACUUCUGUUGAAAGGGACAGUUGUUGCGCCUCCAGAUAAAUUUGGUGAAACACUACAAGAUGAGAGGGUUAAUGGAGGAGCAUUUAUUGGCUCUGAUGGCCUUCAGUUCCCACACAAGUUGAUACCUAAUGCAGGGAUGCGCCUAUAUGGAGGUGCUCAAUAUUAUCGUGCAAUGGCCGAAUUCCGUUUUGCUGUUGGAGGAAUCAAAUGCCCUCCAAUUACACGUGAAGAAAUUGUGAAUGCAUGUGGAGUUGAAGACAUCCAUGAUGGGACAAACUAUUCAAGGACGUCUUGUGUAAUUGCUGUUGCAAAGGCUCGUGAUACAUUUGAACCUUUUCUUCAUCAGUUGGGUAACAGGCUCUUGCACAUUUUGAAGAGAUUGCUCCCCAUCUCUGUUUAUCUUCUCCAGAAAGAUGGUGAAUAUCUGAGUGGCCAUGAAGUUUUCCUAAAGCGUGUUGCCUCUGCCUUCAACAACUUUGCAGAGUCCACUGAACGAUCAUGUCGUGAAAAGUGUAUGGAUGAUUUAACAAGCACCACUCGGUAUGUCACUUGGUCCCUCCACAAUAAGAAUCGAGCUGGAUUGCGUCAGUUCUUAGACUCUUUUGGUGGAUCGGAACAGUCUACAGUUGGUGGGAAUGACUCAAACAGUAGUAUUCAAACAACAGAGACAAGGCUGGCUGACCUUUUAGAUAGUACCCUGUGGAACAGAAGGCUUGCCCCUUCCUCUGAAAGGAUUGUGUAUGCAUUGGUUCAACAGAUAUUCCAUGGCAUAAGAGAAUAUUUCCUGGCAUCUGCGGAGUUAAAGUUCAACUGUUUUCUUCUGAUGCCUGUUGUUGACAAGUUGCCUGCACUUCUUCGGGAAGACUUAGAAUCCGCAUUUGAAGAUGAUUUAGAUAAUGUAUUUGAUAUCACUAAUCUGCAUCAUUCAUUGGGGCAGAGGAAGCGGGAAACAGAAAUAGAGUUGAAACGGAUACAAAGACUGAGGGAGAAAUUUAGGCAAAUUCACGAGCAGCUUAAUUCAAAUCGAGCCAUGUUGAGAGCCGUGAGGAAUAACCAUCACGCGUGUCAUCAUGUCCGUCCUUCAUCGAAACACAAGUAUAUAAAUAUCCAAGAAAGUUGUUGUGGGCUGCUCAGCACAUUUUGA